CAGAGCGCCGCGCCCCAGUCUGAGAGACGCGUACCGACAGAAACAAACGGUUGCAGAAAGAAACAGUGGACAAAAUCUCUCUAACGGAGAAAAACCUCAAGGUCUUCGUCUGUCCCCGAGUCGCUGUCCACCCCAACUGCGCAUCUAGACCCAAAUAAGCGUGUGUGAUGAACGGAGACUCAGGUGCAGGGGUGGUGACGGCCCCCCCGCCCACCAACCCCCCUCAUAAGGAGCGUUACUUCGACCGUGUGGAUGAAAGCAGCCCGGAGUACCAGAGAGAGAGGAACAUGGCGCCGGACCUGCGUCAGGACUUCAACAUGAUGGAGCAACGCAAGAGAGUCUCCAUGAUCCUACAGAGUCCAGCGUUCUGUGAUGAGCUGGAGUCUCUGAUCCAGGAUCAGAUGAAGAAGGGGAAAAAUCCCACUAGUUUGCUUGCGCUGCAGCAGAUCGCUGACUUUAUGACCACCAGUGUCCCCACCAUGUACCCCGCUGCCCCGCAGGGAGGCAUGGCAGCCCUCAACAUGAGUUUGGGGAUGGUGACUCCAGUGAAUGAUUUGAGGGGUUCAGACUCCAUUGCUUAUGAGAAAGGAGAGAAACUUUUGCGCUGUAAACUCGCUGCGUUUUACCGACUGGCCGACCUUUUCGGCUGGUCUCAGCUCAUCUACAACCACCUGACGGUCCGGCUGAACUCUGAACAGGAGCGUUUUCUGAUUGUCCCUUUCGGGCUUCUGUACAGUGAAGUCACUGCGUCCAGUUUGGUGAAGAUUAACCUGCAGGGGGAGAUUGUAGACAGAGGCAGCACUAAUUUGGGUGUAAAUCAGGCUGGAUUCACUCUUCACUCCGCCAUCUACGCUGCUCGACCGGACAUCAAGUGCAUAGUGCACAUUCACACGCCCGCUGGCGCCGCGGUGUCUGCUAUGAAGUGUGGUCUGCUGCCCAUUUCACCCGAGGCUCUGUCGCUGGGCGAGGUGGCGUACCACGAUUACCACGGUAUCCUGGUGGAUGAGGAGGAGAACGUCCUCAUACAAAAGAACCUGGGUCCCAAGAGCAAGGUUCUGAUUUUGAGGAAUCACGGUCUGGUGUCUGUUGGAGAAACAGUCGAAGAGGCGUUUUACUAUAUUCACAACCUGGUCACAGCCUGUGAGAUUCAGGUGCGCACCCUCGCCAGUGCAGGUGGUCCUGACAACCUGGUUAUGUUGGACCCACUCAAGUAUAAAUCCCGCCCACGCCACCUCGAGCAAGUUGGAGACGGGUCGAGCUCGCACCCGAAGUGGCAGAUCGGGGAGCAGGAGUUUGAGGCCUUGAUGAGGAUGCUGGAUAAUCUGGGCUACAGGACUGGUUAUCCGUACCGUUGCCCGGCGCUGCGCGAUAAAGCUAAAAAGUACAGUGACGUUGAGAUUCCCCCUUCAGCCACGGGCUACUCAUACGCAGAGGACAGUGACUCGGGUGCGCGCUCCCCGUUAAAGCACAGCUUUCAGCGGCAGCAGCGGGACAAGACCCGCUGGCUAGCCGCCGGGCGGCCUGACGAAACGGCAGAAGAGGGGCAGGACGGCAGCGGUAGCCCCAAGGCGAAGACUAAGGUGUGGACGAACAUAACACACGAUCACGUGAAACCCUUGCUGCAGUCUCUCUCGUCCGGUGUCUGCGUGCCAAGCUGUAUUACCAACUGCUUGUGGACUAAGGAGGACAGUCUCCGACAGGCUGCUGUGGCCAAUCAGUUUGUCCCGCUGAACACCAACCCCAAAGAAGUCCAAGAGAUGCGCAACAAGAUCCGUGAGCAGAAUCUGCAGGACAAAAAGACGGCAGGUCCACAGUCGCAGGUGCUCACAGGUGCCGUGGUGGACCGUUCGUAUGUCCAGAGAGUGACUAUAUGGCACGACGCUCCUCUCUCUGACUGUACGGACUCUAUUGAUGGCAUUGACCCUUCAGGGAGCUUUAGUCCCUCUAGGUCUAUUCGAAAGGGGGAGCUAGUGACUGCAUCUAAAGCCAUCAUUGAGAAGGAGUACCAACCGCGUGUCAUCGUCAGUAAAACUGGACCAAACCCCUUUAACAAGCUCACAGACCAGGAGCUGGAGGAGUAUCGCAAGGAAGUGGAGCUCAAGCAGAAAGGCACAGAUGCACAGGUUGAGGAGUCUGCCUCGGCCUCUGAAGGAGCCCAGACUCCAGAAGACACACCAACGCAGGAAAACAACGGUCCGCAAGCCACCGCGGCCCCGCCACCCUCCAUAGUUCCCAGCCGCGGCACUGAAUCGGGCCGUGCGUCUGGUCAGGACAGUCCUCCGGAUCCUCCGGCAUCCCCUCAUAGGGAGUUUCACUCCGCGGUGCUGAAAGCUCUGGGCUGUGACACGGAGUCUGAGCAUGACGGGCCGCCUGCAGGUCAAACACAGGAGAUUGAAGAGGAGAAGGUUCCCAGCGCCACCUGCACUCCUCCCAGCUCACCUGUGCGUGUGGAGGAAGAGGCACAACAGGAACAGACAUUCAAAGACGAGAGUGACGCCGCCACUUUAAGACAGACCCUCCCCGAUCUGACCCCCGACGAAGCCUCUGAAGUCGCCGCCCUCCCAGCAGAAGACCCCGCCCCUGAACAGACAGACUCCGCCCCUCAGCCUGAGGGGGAGGAGCCUGCCGCCGGGGACGACGCGGCUGGUGAUCACGGCAGCGACGAAUCGCCCAACAAAUCCCCGUCAAAGAAGAAGAAAAAGUUCCGCACCCCGUCGUUCCUAAAGAAAAACAAAAAGAAGUCUGAAACCCAGUGAGGAAGCUUUGCUCAGGCGUUCGGCAAUACCUUUCCUUUAAAUCGAUUUGUUUUUGUACUGUGUUCACAUUUCAUGUGUCGAUCUUUUUAUUAAAGCCUCAGAUUGUUUUUAUUCUUUUAAUAAAUGCUGGCUGAAGUGCACUUUAAAGUGCGGCUCGUUAAGCAUGUUCAACACAUCUGUUUUUAUAUAAAAAAAAAAAACCUCAAUCUGAAUAAUAAUAAUAACCACUAUAAUGUGUCAGAUGUUAUCGUUAGAGAAAAUGAAUUAACGAAAGAGUUCCUCCUGGUGUAAAAUUAAAAUCUCUGCUGCAUGUUUAUGAUUUUUCAAAUCGCUAUAAACAUCUAAAAAAAACUUGAAAUGCCUCAUGUAAUCAUAACAUCUCACCCGAACCGGGUUCAGGAGAGUGUAAAACAUGCUUACAAUAAUAUUCUGAUCAGCUCAAAUUAUUUUCCAGAUGGAAACCGAAUGAGUUUUUGAAAUCGGUGAAUCUCACAAAACCUGUUUAUUUCCCUCCAAAGUGUUUUAUAUAAAGAAAAUGAAGUCUUUAUUAUGAUGCUUUCAUAACGAAUAAGCACAUUUUCACCUCAGUUGUCACUGAAAGACAUCAAAUCAAUGAGAACUGGGGUCAAAAUGUGUGCAAUAAUGCCAAUUCAAAAUUGAUUUUAAGAAAAUGCUUAAUUUUCUUGUGCAAAAACAUUUUUGCGAGAUUCGGCCUGUGUUUUUAUCUUCACAUCUCCUGUUGUAACAUACUAAAAAAACAGCUUUCCUCCAUGUAAAGGUUGUUUUAAAACUAGCUGUGAUUUUCAUCCUGCGGUAAUAUGAACGACUUAUGUUUGCUUUUGCUUUUAUACAUAUAUUUUUAGUUAUUUUUAGCUCUAGAUUGUUUAGUUUUGUUUGAACAUGUCAGUAACUUGAUGACACUGUUGUAAAUGACACUAUUAAACGUCCUGUGUAGUUCAUCACAGACUCUGACUCUAGUUCAAUCAGCCACUGAUGAUGAUGCUUUGCGUGGUCUGGAUUGGUUAGAAACACUGUGAAAAUAUUCACUCAACCAUCCCGAAUAACUACGUAUAAAAGUAACACGCUUAAAAAUAAAUGCAGCAUCUGAGUGAAUCUCACAAAGAAACGUCCAAUUCGUAGUUCAACACAAUUAAAAGAAUUUUUGCAUGAAAAUAAUCUUUUUUUUUUUUUUUUUUUUUUUUUUUUUUUUUGUGCAUAUAAUCAGCAUAAAUUUAGUGCAAUUAUUAUUUCCAUUAUACUUGCAAAAAUAUAGAUUUUUUUUUUUUUU